GCCAGUUAAUAAUAUCAUCUGUACCACAUCACAGAAUCAGAAGAUAUAAUCAAGAAUCAAGACUACUUAAGAUGAGGCUCAGCAAAUUGUCAUUUUAGUAGGCUGCAUUUUGCAGGUGGCAUCAAUAGGCGCAUAUGGAUCAUCACUUUUACCGUUAAUCUUGGGCCAAAUAAUGGGGAAUCCCAGUAAUCUACUUGGCGAAAGUACAUUUCUUGAUCCAUUUAGAAUGUUAGAACAAAUACCGUUUAGACUGAAAAGCGGGGAGGAGAGUCUUUCGGUUGCAAAAGCGGACUGGAAAGAUACCGCAAAGGGACACGUGAUAAAAGUAGACGUGCGAGGAUUGAAGAAAGAGGAUAUGAAGAUAGAGAUUGAAGAGAAUAGAGUGUUGCGAGUGAGCACAGAGAGGAAGAAAGAACAGCAAGACAUAAAUGAUAAUCACUGGCACUAUGCUGAAAGGAGCUACGGCAAGUUCUGGAGACAGUUUCGUCUGCCAGAGAAUGUUGAUAUUGAUACCCUGAAAGCUCAGCUUGAGAAUGGGGUGCUCACUAUUUCUUUUGCUAAGUUGUCUCCUGACAGAAUUAAGGUCCUAAAGUUGUCUCUAUUGAGGGAAAAGACUCCUCUCUUUCCUCUUCUAAAGAAGAGCUCUAAUUAA